CUUUCACCUCUUGAGCAAAGUUUCAGCGGAGUGGAGGCGCACCAGGGGCUCAGAGAAAAAGAAGAGAAAAAGAGAGGGACCGACGCAGUUUUUGGAGUAUGAACAAACUCGCACUUGUGGUUUUCCUGUUGGCACCGGCUUUUCUCGUCUGCGAAGGAGGUAACCUGUGUUGUUCAGAGCCAUGCCAGAACAGGGGCGUGUGCACGACUCUGGGGUCCGACAACUAUGAGUGUGACUGCACAAGAACAGGGUAUUAUGGACAAAACUGCACUUCACCUGAAUUCCUCACAUGGAUUAAACUGUCCUUGAAGCCGUCUCCCAACACCGUCCACCACAUUCUCACGCACUUCAAGGGUUUCUGGAACAUCAUCAACAAUAUUUCUUUUCUCCGAGAUGCUAUCAUGAGAUAUGUUCUGACAUCCCGAUCCCACAUGAUUGAUAGUCCUCCAACAUAUAAUGCAGAUUAUGGUUACAAAAGCUGGGAGGCUUACUCCAACUUGUCCUACUAUACGCGCACUCUCCCCCCGGUGUCGGAGGACUGCCCAACCCCGAUGGGAGUAUUAGGUAAAAAAGAGCUGCCUGAUGCAAAAGUUUUGGCCGAGAAGCUCCUGAUAAGAAGACAGUUUAUACCUGACCCACAGGGCACCAGCUUGAUGUUUGCAUUCUUCGCGCAGCACUUCACGCAUCAGUUCUUCAAAUCUGACAUGAAGAAAGGACCUGCUUUCACCGUGGCCAAAGGGCAUGGAGUGGACCUCAAUCACAUUUAUGGAGACAACCUGGAGAGGCAACACAAGCUCCGCUUAUUCAAGGACGGCAAGCUCAGAUAUCAGGUAGUGGACGGAGAGGUGUACCCCCCGACAGUUAAGGAGGUGGGUGUCGACAUGCAUUACCCGCCUCACGUCCCCGAGGCUCACCGCUUUGCCGUCGGCCACGAGGCGUUCGGCCUGGUCCCCGGUCUCAUGAUGUACGCCACCAUCUGGCUCCGUGAGCACAACCGAGUGUGUGACGUGCUGAAGGAGGUGCACCCCGACUGGGAUGACGACAGGCUCUUCCAGACCACGCGGCUCAUCCUUAUCGGUGAGACCAUCAAGAUCGUGAUCGAGGACUACGUGCAGCACCUGAGUGGCUACAACUUCAAGCUCAAGUUUGACCCCGAGCUGCUCUUUAACCAGCGUUUCCAGUACCAAAACCGCAUUGCGUCCGAGUUCAACACGCUGUACCACUGGCACCCCCUGAUGCCCGACAGUUUCCACAUCGAGGAGAGAGAUUACAGCUACAAAGAGUUUGUCUUCAACACAACGGUGGUGACCGAGCACGGCAUCAACAGCCUGGUGGACUCGUUUUCCAAGCAGAUUGCAGGACGGGUUGCCGGUGGUCGUAAUGUACCGGGACCCAUCUUGUACGUGGCCAUCAAGUCCAUAGAGAACAGCAGAAAAAUGCGCUACCAGUCCCUGAACGCCUACCGGAAGCGCUUCUCCAUGAAGCCUUACAGCUCCUUUGAAGACAUGACAGGAGAGAAAGAAAUGGCAGCGGUGCUGGAGGAGAUGUACGGGCACGUAGACGCCGUGGAGCUUUACCCGGGCCUGAUGGUGGAGAAACCUCGGCCCAACGCCAUCUUCGGGGAGACGAUGGUGGAGAUGGGUGCCCCCUACUCCCUGAAAGGCCUGAUGGGAAACCCCAUCUGCUCCCCGGAGUACUGGAAGCCCAGCACUUUCGGAGGCAGCGUCGGCUUUGACAUCGUCAACACCGCCUCCCUGCAGAGGCUCGUGUGCAACAACGUGAAGGGUCCUUGUCCUGUGGCGUCCUUCCAGGUGCCGGAUGUGAAAGACACCGGCUCCGUGGUCAUCAACUCCAGCACGUCACACUCGCGUGGGAGUGACGUCAACCCCACCGUCUUUUUAAAAGAAAGGACUACUGAGCUUUAACUGCUAUGUGUAAUUUAGAUAAUACAAGAGAAAAUGAAAUGUUGCUAAAAAUGCAUAUAUAUAUCUAUAUAUAUAUCCACAUAUAGAUAUAUAUAUAGAUAUAUUUAUAUAUGUAUAUUUAUUUAUUUAUUUGAUAUUUAUUAAUUUCCUAUUUAUAGAAUAACAUGGCAAAGUGUUUUUACAGGAGAUUUGUAACAGUUUUUUAUAAGUUUGUGCAUUAUUUUCAAAACUGAUGUCAAGGAAAAAAAAUGACAUGGUUUUGUUUAUUUAUUGAAAUACCUAUUCUAAGUUAUUGUUAUAGUAAUGACCUAAGUCACUGAAAUUUGAUACUUGAAGUUUAGUUUACAUGCAUCACACUCCUUAUGUGUCCUUAAGUGCUGCUUUUUCCUGUUACGUUCCUACGAUUGUGAUUUCUACUGACAUUGGCAGUAUAGUUGUGAAAUUUGCAGUGACCGAUGUUGCCUUUUUUGAUCUGACUUUAGCAUAGACUUAAAGUGUAUUCCUUUAUCAAUUGUGUUGUUAUCAUGUUUCCUCCUCAGUCCAUGGUUAACGGUACAGAUCAUUAGGAAAUUCUGUGAAUUUAAGCAUUCGCAGCAGUGUUGAUGAGAGUGAAAUGUGCUCCAUAGGAUGUAGAGUGAUAUGAAUGCAUGAGCAUGAAACAGCAAGUAGUUGAUGCAAGUAUGUUGGUAUGUAAGUUUGUGAUGACAUUAUGCUGUUGACUUGGAAGUUUGUGACUGGAAAGUAGAUCAAUAAAUGCUACCAGGAAAUGGAA